AUGCCCUACUUGAUCCUGCUGUCUCGGCAGGGCAAGGUGCGUCUGGCCAAAUGGUUUACCACCUUGUCUCCCAAGGACAAAGCGAAGAUCGUCAAGGACGUCUCUCAACUAGUCCUCGCUAGACGAACUCGCAUGUGCAACUUUCUCGAAUAUAAAGAUACUAAAAUUGUCUACCGCCGUUACGCCUCUCUAUUUUUUAUCGCCGGCUGCUCUUCCGAUGACAACGAGUUGAUCACGCUCGAGAUCAUUCACCGAUACGUCGAACAGAUGGACAAAUACUACGGCAACGUCUGCGAGCUCGACAUCAUCUUCUCUUUCACAAAGGCAUACUAUAUAUUAGAUGAGAUAUUACUAGCAGGGGAACUACAAGAAAGCAGUAAGAAGAAUGUACUCCGCUGCAUAGGGCAGCAGGACUCUCUCGAAGAUAUGGAAGUCGAGGACGAGGUUACGAAGAUCAUGUAA